AGUGAAGUUACACACUCUGCUACUGUUUCUCCACAGGAAAUUUUUCUCCACGACCUGUAAAAGUCAAGUCCACUCGUCUUCUCCAUCCCAUUCAUUGAUGCCCAAUCGUCAGAACCCAAAUUUGACCCUCGCGCCACUCUGUUUUUGUCUCCGUUUAUAACUGACCCGUCAGGGUCUUCGGUUUCUUCUUUUCCAAGAAUCUCGAGUUUUCUAAUUUGCCGGGUUUUCUUUGUCUGAUUUGAAAUUGUUCAGCUGCAGUCCACGAAAGCAUAGGUGAUAAUCAAGAAAGAUGGGUUUCUGGUGAACAAAUUUAUUGGGUUUCAGUUGUCUUUUUUAUGAUCGCAGUUGCAGAUUGCAAUUCGGGACUUAUGUGUAUUGAGUAAUUUGUCAAGACUGAUCUAGUAGGAUUUCAAUUUGUUGGGUUGUUUUCCAGUAGUUUUAUUUGCUUCUUGAGGCUGAUCUUUGCUGGGAUUGAGGGGGAUUGGUUAUCUCUUCUUGAAUCAAGCGAGUUUCCAGGUUCUGUUCUUGGCUGGUGUGGUGUAUGGAAGUUGGAGUAUUGGAAGAGUGAGGGAUUUGUGAGAAAAGAAUUGAGGUGAUUAAUCCCAAGAGUGAGGAUUAUACGUCUAAAAGUAUAUAUUUGAAUGAUUAUGGGAUCAUCAAUGAUGGAUGGAUCAAAUGGUAGUUCAAAUUCGCCGGCGCCUUUUCUGCUCAAGACAUAUGAGAUGGUGGAUGACCCUUUAACUAAUCCUAUUGUUUCUUGGAGUCACACAGGGCAUAGUUUUGUUGUUUGGAAUCCGCCCGAAUUUGCGGGUGAGUUGUUGCCAAAAUACUUCAAACACAAUAACUUCUCCAGCUUCAUCAGGCAACUGAAUACAUAUGGUUUUAGGAAGGUUGAUCCUGAUCAGUGGGAGUUUGCAAAUGAAGAGUUUAUACGAGGAGAAAGACAUCUACUAAAGAAUAUACACAGGCGAAAACCGAUCCACAGCCACUCAGGUCAAGGAAAUGCUGUUCCCUUAACUGACUCAGAGAGAGAGGAGUUUGAGAAGGAAAUUGAAAAGCUGAAACAAGAAAAGCUUUCGCUUCAUUCAGAGGUAGAGAGGCAUAAAGAGGAGAAUCGAGGAUAUGAACAUCAACUCGGAUCGUUAGCUCAGGUAUUGCGAGUUAUUGAUCAAAGGCAGCAGCAGUUGGUGGUCACCUUGGCUCAGCUGUUGCAGAAACCUGGAUAUGCCUCAAGUGUCGAUGAAAAAAUGGAACCUCAAAACAAGAAGAGAAGAUUUUCAGCUUUGCAAUAUUUAUACGACGAAGCCAAUCUGGAUGAGAACCUGAAAAAUACUUUCCAGGAGAAUUUGAGCCCUUCAUCUCUUCCAUUGUUAAACUUGGAAGUAAUAGAAAAAUUGGAUUCUUCGCUAACUUUCUGGGAGAAGUUUGUGCAUGGGGUCAACCAAAUUUCAACGGAAGAUUCACAUGAUUUUGAUUUGCCCCUUCUGCCUCCAGAAGUGGCUAAUACAGAAACACCUUUGUCAUCUGGAGAUUCUGAUAAGAAUGUCCCAUUUUGCACAACCGAGUGCCACACCUCAGCGCCAACACCACAAGACUGUUAUUCCUCUCACAAGCUAGCUGCAUCUUCAGCUUACAUCGACAGCCCAGCAGUAUCAUCCAUUUGCAUUGAUCCCGACUCCAGGCACAAAUCCUCAGGAGUCGAUGUGAACAUGAGCCCAACCAAAGAUCUGGACAUUGAAUUAGCCAAGGAACAAGAGCAAUACAGCUCAAUUCCUUCUGUGCAGCCCACGGUUAAUGAUGUAUUUUGGCAGCAGUUCCUGACAGAGUCUCCAGCUUCCUCUACGACCCGGGAAGUACAACUGGAAAGAAGAGACUUAGAUGAUUGGAAAGAUCACAGUGGAUAUGCGGAUGAACGUGUGCCUUGGUGGAAUGUCGAUAAGCUUACCCAACAGAUAGGACAUCUAGCUCGAGUUGAGAGGACGUAAUCCACCUUCCAAGAUCUAAUUUUCGAGCACAAGGUAUUGAGCACCUACGUCGGACAUUGUCCUUCAGAUACAAAUUUUGAAGAUGCUGUGUGGUACAUAUUAGAUGCAUUAAGUUCUUACAUCUUGAUUUUGCUUGUUUUUGCCUGUUUUCUUCAACUUAGUGUGUCUCCGAGAUUGUAAAAUUGCAGGUUUUUGUACAUUAGUGAUUUAUUAGAAACAUCUGAAUUCUAUGUAUAGUAAGUUUAUAGCUAGGUUGCCUAUUCAGCAUCAGAGAUGAUCCGAAUCCUUAUAGAAGAUGCAACAAGAUUUGGAAUAGAAAAUCUGGUCUGCUUUAAAUUUUAGACCGAGAAAAAUGUAUUCAUCACAGCGGAGAUGUGUGUAGAUUCGAAAUUUUAUUUAUUACUAACUAUAAACUAGAAAAAAUAUUAAAUGAA